AUGUUUGAUAUCAAACCCUCCAUCAUAAUUCUCAUAAUUUGCGCUUCUUUACUCGCCGCCGUUGUGAUUUUAUGUUGUUUAUGUAUAAUCAGAGGCCGUAGAAGGAAAGACUCAACACGGCCUACUCCAAGUGGAUCUAUUAGUUCAAGGCGGCCGCCGCCGCCGCCAUGGCCCCGACAAUCCUACUAUGAUGUUGAGUCCGGACAGGGCAUUCGAGCAUACAGACAGGACACUCUAAGAAGCGAACAAAGCGUUCCAUCAGACAGACAUGGCGCUCAAAGAAGCGAACGAUACAGUUUUCGAACAGACAGAUCACGAAGUAGUCAAAGCAGCGAACCAAGCGUUGGAAGAGACAAACAAAGUGGAUUCAAGGACGGCGGGAUGGCCAUCUUGGCUGGGGCUGGUGCUGCUAUGGCUGCUGCAGCUGCGGCCAUUGGUUUAAGUAGUGGAGGAGGACAAGAAUAUGGUGGCAAUGGUGAUGGUUAUUGGGGAGAUGGUAGUCGUACUGACGGCUAUGGCGAUAGUUGGGGCAAUGGCAAUCGGGACGGUGGAAGUGGCGGUGGUGGCGUUUGUGGCGCUGGCUGUGGAAGUGUCGGUGGUAGCGCUUGUGGCAGUACCGGUGGCAAUAACUACUCUCAACACUAA